AGAUUCUUCAGUCACCAUAAGCAUCACAAGAAACUCUUUCUCUUUAUAAAAACAAAAAUGACACUGGUGGGCAAAUUAGAGGGUGUCGUUGAGAUUGAUGCUCCAGCAGUUGAGUUUCAUGAUGUUUUCAGUUGCAGACCACAUCAUGUACCUAAUAUGACUCCUGACAGAAUUCACGGUUGUGAUCUCCAUGAAGGUGAAUGGGGUAAAGAAGGCACCAUCGUCCUUUGGAAUUAUUCUCAUGAUGGAUCUCGCAAAGUGGCAAAGGAGUUAAUUGAAAACAUAGAUGAUGUGAAUUUAUCAACCACUUACAAAGUGAUCGAAGGAGAUAUAUUGAAGGAGUACAAGAGUAUCAAGGGUACUGUUCAAGCUACACCCAAAGAAAAAGGCAGUUUAGUGCGUUGGACCUUGGAAUAUGAGAAGCUGAAUGAAAAUAUACCAGAUCCCCAUACAUUACUCGAAUUUCUUAUUCAUUGCAGUAAGGAUAUUUCUGCUCAUCUCAUGGAAUGCCAGAAGAAAUGACUAUGAAAUAUAUUACUUUCUGGUGUGUGGUUUGCCUAAUAAUUAAAUAAGUGCUCUAUAAUGAAGCACCAAUGUGAACGACAUUUUUAUGUAUGAACUUAUACUUAUAAUAUAUUAAAUUAUGUUUUCUUUUCUUA